CGCCGGGACUUCCGUUUUGUCCGAGAAAGAUGGCGGCGGCGUGCCUGGUGCUGAGGAGGUCGCUGCGGGCGGGUCAGCUGCUCGGGGGCCGGGCGGCCUGGCCGGGGGCUCCGCAGGCCAACAUGUCGUUCUCCACGUUGUCCCGCGGCCGCAGGUUAGCGCUCUCCACCCUAGGCGUAGUAGUUGCCGGUGGAGCCGGUUUAGCUCUAGCACUCCACAAAUCCGUCAAUGCCACCGAGAUGGAACUUCAUUCUCCCAGCUACCCAUGGAGCCACGCAGGUUAUCUGUCUUCCCUGGACCACGCCAGUGUUCGCCGCGGGUAUCUGGUGUAUAAGCAGGUGUGUGCCGCCUGUCACAGUAUGGACUAUAUUGCCUUCAGGAACCUGAUUGGCGUUACCCACACGGAGGAGGAAGCCAAAGCCCUGGCUGAGGAGUUUGAAAUCCUGGAUGGGCCUGAUGACAGUGGCGAAAUGUUCACCCGUCCCGGAAAGCUGUCUGACUACUUCCCAAAGCCGUAUCCCAACCCUGAGGCAGCCAGAGCGGCCAACAACGGGGCACUGCCCCCGGAUCUCAGCUACAUUGCCAAUGCCAGGCACGGCGGUGAGGAUUACAUCUUCUCUCUGCUCACCGGUUACUGCGACCCACCAGCCGGCGUUAACAUGAGGGAAGGGCUGUACUUUAACCCGUAUUUCCUGGGCCAGGCUAUUGCGAUGGCGCCACCCAUCUACAAUGAGGUCUUGGAAUAUGAGGAUGGCACUCCAGCCACAAUGUCUCAAGUAGCUAAGGAUGUCUGUACGUUUCUUCGGUGGGCUUCCGAGCCAGAACAUGAUGACCGCAAGCGCAUGGGCCUUAAGAUCCUUCUGAUGUCCGCCAUCAUAAUCCCCGUGAUGUACUACAUGAAGAGACACCGGUGGACCGUGAUAAAGUCCAGGAAGGUGGUCUACAAACCACCAAAGUAACAGGAAGAUUGUACCCGACGUCUGCUGAUAACUCCCCGCCCGCGUGUUACAGAAUACGGAUCAUGAUCGAGUCCCUUUCAGCCUCCUCCCAGCAGGCGCUGCGCUCGGACAGGAGACCUCAUUGUAAUAUUAUGCGUCCUGCCGGCUCUCCGUUUUGCUUCUGCUUGUCAAUACUUUCAUCCGCAUCGUCCACAGGAGGGGAAGGGACUCGCAGGAAGGACAAAAACACACACAUGGUUUAAAGAAAUGUUAUUGGUGUCUCAUAAAAUUCCCGUGUGGGGAGGCUAAUCAUAAAUUAAAUACAAAUGUUUCUUUUAAAACCAA